CCGUAACGCUGAUUGGUGGACAGGUUUCGGCGCCGCGAAGGACAGCCAAUAAGAUUAUCUCUCUGCAAGUAAACACAGCAUGGAAUUGAAUUAGGCAACAAUGGGUUAAAGCAAUUGCUAAAGUUGUAAAUAAAAUGUAAUGCGCAUCUAAAGAACUUUAUUUAAUCGUUAUUGGAUCUGGACCGUUCACAAUUUCACACAAAAGGGGGCUGUUUUAGGACGUACAGCGGAGAUACCUAAAAGUAGGCCGCAUGUAGGCUACUUGCGCUUGGAUAUACGGACAGGAACAGGAAGAUUUGUUUCGUGAGCAAGCUGCCGAGGUAACUAUCCAGCUAGCUACUUUUACAUGAUCUAGCUGUAUUAUUAUUAUUUUUUAUAAAGACUCAUAAACUGGAAAAAUACUAGUAAAGCAAUAAAUAUGAGCGAGCCCACGGACUGCAAGCAGCAGUCUAAGACCAACAAGCGAAGCGCAUCCCCGGAGCAGGGUUGUUCCUCACCGCCGGGGAAGGCAGCCAAAGUGCAGGAUGACAUUCAGGAAUUAGCGCUCGGGUCAAGCGGCUGUAGAAAUGGAGAAACUGUACCCAUUGAGGCAGGAGGCGAACGCGAACAUAGGGAGGCUGAAAUAGACAUAAAAGCAGAGGAACGGGACAAGAGCGCGCACACCAAAACAAAUUUCACCCCCAGUUCGACGGGGAGUGCAAAUGAGCGUCCUACAAACAGUAGCGGGGUUGCAGAGCCAGCCGCUUGCGGGGGUAGUGGGGAAAGUGAGAGGCCAGUGGAAAUAGCGGCCGCUGGAGCACCAGGACGCAGCAGCGUACUUCUUAAAGGGCCUGGGCAUGGAGCUUCGCAUCAGCAGUCGGAUUGGGCGGCUAUUGCAGCCGCGGAAGCGCUGGCGAGUUUAACUGGAGGUGACGGGGACAGUGAGAAGACAGAUAGGCCGCAUUCCGGUAAGAAAGCUGAAAUUGAUCAGAAGGGACCUGGGAAACGAGACACUCCGAAACCCGCCGAUUGUACAGACAGUCCUCAACGAGUAAAUUGGCCGAAAACUCGGGCAGUCGCGGCAGACAGCUCUACCUCAGUGCCUGAAGGGGGCGCUGUGCUGGGCACUGCUGAGACAGAGCGAGUAGACAGGUCGCGGGACACUGAGGAUGAAGACGAGGACGACGAGGAUUCUCUCCUCGGUUCCUCUUCUAGUCCGGACUUCUCCUCAGGCUCGGAAGACUGCACCGCUGAGGACGCAGAGUGCGCUAUUGUGUCGGUUAAAAUGGCCCCGGAGACGCGGCAGGCGGUGGCACAGCUGGCCCGGUUGCAGAUGCAGCUGGAGACGCUGGAGAGGAAAGGCGUCCGGCAGCACCAGCGCCUAGAGCUCAAACUGAACCAGCAGCGGCGCCCGCACCUGGACCAGCGUGGUGCGAUCAUCAAAGACAUCCCCGGUUUCUGGGUUACAGCUCUCCUGAAUCACCCCCAGCUCUCUGCUCACAUUGACGAAAACGACGAGGAUGCUCUCAGCUACAUGACCAACCUUGAGAUUGAGAACAAUGGGAUGGGCCAUAGGAUUGGGUUCCAUUUCAGACGGAACCCAUACUUCCAGAACAGUGUCAUCGUCAAGGAGCUCCAUCUUGCCUUGGGAGGUUCAGCCAUGUCCUUUUCCAACCCCAUCCUGUGGCACCGCGGGCAGAACCUGACAGCCCGAACCCGGCUGGUCAAAGGUCCUGGUGCCUUCCAGUCAUAUCCGAGCUUCUUCACCUGGUUCAGCGACCACAGCAGCCCUGAGAGGGAUGAGAUAGCUCAGAUUAUGAAGAAUGACCUGUACCGGAAUCCUCUCAGGUACUACCUGACCCCCAUGUGGGAGCCCCGACUGAAUGGCAGUGUGCCCAGGACGGCCAACAACAGCAAUAGCAGUGAUUGUGUGGUGAUAUCGGACUCGGACGACGAAGAUGAUGAUGGCGACUAUGAGGAGGAAGAGUCAGCUGUUAACCGAAGAGAGGAAGAACAAGAUGCAGGAAAAAGUUCAGAGGAGGAGGAUGAGGAAGUCCGGAUUGACGGGUCUGAGGAAGACGAGGAUGGAGAGGCAGACGAGGAAGAUGGCAUCACUCAGGGGAGGGAGGGGGAGGAAGACGAAGAUCUGGAUGUGGAAGAGCUGGAGGAGGCAGAGGGAUGUGGAGCCCCAGAGGCCACAGAGCAGGAGGAAGAGGAAGGGGAAGAAAGUUAAGACUUCCUGAAACUCCCCUAAUGUUUUACCCCCUUUCUUAUUUUACACCAGCUUUCCGUUUAGCACCUAAUUCUGGUUCGUGGAUUUUGUUGUGCCCGUUCAGGGUUAGUUUUUGGUUUUUUUUGUUGUUGUUUUUUUGUUGUUGUUUUUCCUAUUUUGGUACUUUUAGUCUAUAUUUUACUGCUUUCUGAUUCAGGGUAACCUUGAGUGUGAUCUUUUGCGAAUGCCCACAUGCUGCUGAACUCCUCCCUGGGGCUGCUGGGGAAAGCAAGCUGUGCUGUGAGCUUUCUGAUGCCCCGCAGGGCCUGUCCCUACCUGGGGAGCGCUUUUGUGCUGAUUAUUCUGCUGCUGAACAAUUGGGCCGAACCAGAACCAGAUCUGCAGCAAGACACGAAAAGUGAACGUUUACCGUUGAGUGGCAACUAAGUGCUUGAUUUAUUAAGACCUUCAGUAGUUGCUGAACCUUUUUUAGCACUCACAGAACUGACCCAACCAAUGAUUGAGUGAAUACCAUGGUCAUGUUAUUGGUUUUGCAUGUGCUAAGAGGUUUUGCACAUGCUAAAGGCCUUGGUAAAUCAGGCCCUAAGUUUUGCUUCCUUUUCCGCUCUGUUAUUGUUGUCAUGCUAUUUAUGAGCUGUGCAGUUUGCAGAAAAAUGUUGGUGAGAUAACUGCACUGUUCACUGUUGAGAAGCACAAUACAAAUGCUUCCAGAAAAAACAAACAACCCACCUACCCUUCGAAAACCGUUUGUGAGAUUGAUGUGCGUUUAAUGAGUGAGGUGCGUUUAGUGAGUGACCUGUGGUCCGUAUCACUGAGGUGUGUUUAGGGAAAGGUGUGUUUGGAGAGUUUAUAGCACAAGUGAGCUGUGUUUAGUAAGAGUGAGGUGUGCUUACUGACGUUUUCUUGGUGAGAGUGAGGUGUGAGUUGUGCUUAGUGCGAGUGAUGUGUGUUUAGAGAGUGCGGUGUGUUUGGAGGGAGUUUAGGGAGAGCGAGGUGUGUUUGGAGGGAGUUUAGGGAGAGCGAGGUGUGUUUGGACGGUGUUUAGGGAGAGCGAGGUGUGUUUGGAGGGAGUUUAGGGAGAGCGAGGUGUGUUUGGAGGGAGUUUAGGGAGAGCGAGGUGUGUUUGGACGGUGUUUAGGGAGAGCGAGGUGUGUUUGGAGGGAGUUUAGGGAGAGCAAGGUGUGUUUAGUCCGUGCCUGUAAGGCAGCAGGCUUCAGAUCAUAGUUGGCGUUCUCAGGGAUUAAAAUGGAGUGGCACUCCCCUCCCAUGUGGGUCCAUUCAGCAGGCCCGGGUUUCUCUUCGCCUUGCGUUUCCAUGAUUGUGGGUUCAGGGUUCAGGGUAUCAGCGCAGAAACGUGUUCUCUCUUCGCCUUCAUGUGCGGUUGUGUUGACUUCUGCUUUUAGGGUUCACUUUGAGUCGUUCUAUUGUCAGUGUGCUUUCCUUCAGCUCUCUUUUCAGUUGCUUUGCUUUUUCAUUUUAACCCUUCAUUCUCCUUUUUCAGUUUGUAACUGUGUCUAUGCAUUUGAACUCAAACUGUUACUAUGAUUGAGUGACAGUCAUGGAUGAACACAAUUUUCAGGGUAAGACCAUUCUAAGUAAUAAGUAUUUAAAGUAACACUUUUAGUAUGUAAAACUCAAAAUAUUUUCACUUCUCAAAAGUGAUAGUUUUUUCAAUUUGGUGAUCAUUUUUGCAUAUUGAUAAAUAUGCAAACAACUUCUGCAGCUGCAACAUUGAAAAUGCAUUUGAUCUUGUAUAGUCACAAUCUCAUGUAAAUGUGAGUUACAGGUAUGUUUAUAAACCUAUUAACAUUUGUUGGCACAUUUCAGGAAGUACUGAAAUAUGUCAUGGAGUUUAAAGAUUCAUUCUAUAAUUAUUCCCACAUGACCAUUCUUCUUAUGCUGACCAUAAAUGCUCGUGCACCAAUUUUUAAUUUUGCAUACAGUUUACCAUUUUCAAGUGGUGCCCUAUACUCCGUUGGUUAAUACUUAAAAAUGGUCUUGAGAACAAGUACACUGAUUAUACAAUAAUUUUUCAUGUGUAAAUAUUUUAGCUGUUUUAUAGUUCACAUACAUUUUUGAACCACGGUUUAAUUUAGUAUUUUGAGGAAUUUAGUCUAAACCGUAAAGACACGGUAACUAAUUUAUCAUCUUGGUUGCCUGCUAUAUCAUCCACAAAGAUUUUUUGGUUUUUCUCCAAUGUGCUGUUUUUUUUUUUUUUUUGGUAAGCCUUCACCAGUUGUGUAGGAAUAGCUUGGUGAGCACAAUAUAGCUUUGUGAUCCCAGUGUAUCUUAGCCAGUUAGGGACCCUGAUGUGGAGGUUUAGGAAAGGCUUGUGUUCUUUGCUUCACCCAGCUUCCCAUCCCUUGUCUAAAGGGAAUGCCUAAAAAAAUACACUUUCAAUGAGAAACUUCAUCUGCCUCUUCAUGGUGUUGCUGAACUGCAGUCUAUGUACAUAAUCCCUCUGAACUGGAUCCAGGCACAUCAAGACAAAGAUCACUGACACGGUGGGUAAGAUGGAACACUUGCGCCUCUUUUUUUCGGGCCUGGAAAUAAUUACAAUCCUGGCAGUGACCCGCUGCUUACUUUGCAUAAAAUCCCUCCUUGGCAUCGACUUUUUUAGUUGUUUUCCUCAUUUGAAAAUGGUGAUUGCUGUGAUGGGCCUGCAAAAACACCACACAGUCAAUUUGAUUCUGUUUUGGGGAUGUUGUCACUAGCCUACUGAUUCAUUUUAAUAUUACAACACCCUUUUUAUAAAGCAAAUUCUUUGUGAAUAUUUCAUCUUUCCCUUUGAAAAUGGAUGAUAUUGUGUUUGAUAUUGUUAUUAAUAUGAAUAACAAUUUGGAAUUGGAAAGAAAGAUGUAUUUUGUGUGCAAUUUGAAAUUGUAUCUUUUGAUAACUUACGGGUAGUUUUGGAAAAUGAAAACGAUGUAAAGGGUUAAUUUUUGUGUCUUUAUUUCCAAAUAAAGAUGCGGAUGUCCCAAUUUUU